AUGACAGAGACCCCAUCUCACAAUGACAGUGAUCUCGUUACAGAGACCCCAUCUCACUCCGACAGUGACCUCGUUACAGAGACACCAGCUCACCCUGACAGUGAUUUUGUUACAGAGACCCCACCUCACCGUGGCAAGACCCCGGCUCAAUCCGACAGUGAUCUCGUUUCAGAGACCCCAACUCUACCUGACAGUGACUUUGUUACAGAGACCCAACUCACUCUGACAGUGAUCUCGUUACAGAGACCCCAUCUCACUCUUACAGUCAUCUCGUUACAGACCUCAUCUCACCUUGGCAGUGAUCCCGUUACAGAGACCCCAUCUCACUCUUACAGUGAUUUCGUUACAGAAACCCCAUCUCACCCUGACAGUGAUCUCGUUACAGAGACCCCGGCUCAAUCCGACAGUGAUCUCGUUUCAGAGACCCCAACUCUACCUGACAGUGACUUUGUUACAGAGACCCAACUCACCCUGACAGUGAUCUCGUUACAGAGACCCCACCUCACCUUCACAGUGAUCGUUACAGAGACCCAAUCUCACCUUGGCAGUGACCUCGUUACAGAGACCCUAUCUCUCCUCAUCAAUGAUCUCGUUACAGAGACCCCGACACACUCUGACAGUGAUCUCGUUACAGAGACUCCAACUCACCCUAACAGUGAUCUCGUUAUAGAGACCCCAUCUCACCUUGUCAGUGAUCUCGUUUCAGAGACCCCAACUCACCCUGACAGUGACCUCGUUACAGAGACCCCGGCUCAAUCUGACAGUGACCUCGUUACAGAGACCCCAACUCACCCUGACAGUGAUAUGGUUACGGAGACCCCAUCUCACCUUGUCAGUGAUCUCGUUACAGAGACCCCAUCCCACCCUGACUUUGAUUUCGUGACAGAGACCCCGGCUCAAUCUGACAGUGACCUCGUUACAGAGACCCCAACUCACCCUGACAGUGAUAUGGUUACGGAGACCCCAUCUCACCUUAGAACCCACCUCACCUUCACAGUGAUCGUUACAGAGACCCCAUCUCACCUUGUCAGUGACCUCGUUACAGAGACCCCACCUCACCCUGACAGUGAUCUCGUUACAGAGACCCCAUCUCACCUUGACAGUGAUCUCGUUACAGAGACCCCAUCUCACUUUGACAGUGACCUCGUUACAGAGACCCCAACUCACUUUGACAGUGACCUCGUUACAGAGACCCCAUCUCACCUUGACAGUGAUCUCGUUACAGAGACCCCAACUCACUUUGACAGUGACCUCGUUACAGAGACCCCAAGUCAAUCUGACAGUUACCUCGUUACAGAGACCCCAAGUCAAUCUGACAGUGACCUCGUUACAGAGACCCCAACUCACUUUGACAGUGACCUCGUUACAGAGACCCCGGCUCAAUCUGACAGUGACUUCGUUACAGAGACCCCAACUCACCCUGACAGUGAUCUCGUUACAGAGACCCCAUCUCACAGUUAA